CACCAUGGUCUUUGUCCACGUCGGCACACUGUUGGCUCUGGCCGGAUUCUGCUCGGCUUCAAUUGAGACUCCGGAGCUCACACCUUGCUCGGAUGUUCAAGGCUUCAAGCUUAGCGACCUUAAACUCACAAAUGCUGUGCUGGGACAGACCAUGACUGUGGAUUUCACGUUGGACAUUACCCAAGAAUUAAAGAGCAGUCCUCAACUCACGGUAACCGCGACCAAAAACAACGGGCAAGAAAUAGGCUGCUUAUUUAAUUUGAUCGGCUCUUGCACGUAUGACAUGUGUGGCGGAACUAGCAUUGUCGAAAAAACGCUCGGGUCCUUGUGGAACAACGAGUGCCCCAUCGAACCAAAUUCCUACACAAAGUCCCUUAGUGGUGAACUUCCCGAACUUGCGAAGUCUUUUCUUGGGAAUGGAACUAUCAACCUCAUGUUCGAGGUACAAGACGGCGGGAAAACUGUCGGAUGCCAGAAGUUUCCAGUUACUAUAAAAAUCUGAAAAUCAGGCUGUUCAUUCAUCAGGACAAAAAUGCACUCCCAGCAUUGAAAAGAGCUAAUUUCAUGGCAGGUUUCUUUAUUUUGUAACCAAGAUCAAGUGCACCGUGAAGUUUCUUCUGUAGAAGAACCAAGUCUCAUUGCACAAUUGACACGAGUAAUCAAGCUGAAUAAACAAUUUUUUCGAUUUUUC